AUGACGUCCUCGACCGAAUCGACAUACUUGUCGAUUCCCGGCACAGUUGCAUUUUCCAGGUCUCGUGGCCUUGCAAUCGCAUCGCAGAUAGGAGCAGCAGACGUUCGAGCUCAAUGGGUUCACUAUGUGCAUACUUCCGAGACUCUGCAAGAGACUCAACGAGGGGUUCUUGAGCAGCUUCUCCAAUACGGCGACAUCACCGACAUUCCUCCUUCAUUUGAACAAGGUGAAGGUACCGUGAAAACCUUUUACGUAUACCCUCGCGUUGGGACGAUUUCACCGUGGAGUUCUCAGGCGACCGGUAUUUCACAUGUGUGUGGAUUGGGCAAAUUCGUCAAGCGAAUCGAACGCGGACUAAAAAUAUCGGCUCUAUUCUCGGAAGAGAGUAAGGCAGAAGAUGAAUACUUGGAUUUUCUACACGACCGAAUGACUCAAGUCAUCAGCCAAGAAGAACCCAACCUUGAGAAGGUCUUCUCAGAGCACCCACCACUUCCCUUGGAGACCGUCCCUCUUCAUAGUGGAGAGAAAUCCCCAGUAGAGAUUCUCCAGGACGCGAAUAAACGUCUUGGACUUGCUUUAGAUCAAUCGGAGAUUGAUUACCUUGUCGAAGCAUAUGCCGCCAACGGCCCUGUUCCACGCGAUCCCACCGAUGUCGAACUUUUCAUGUUUGCUCAGGUCAACUCCGAACACUGUCGACACAAGCAAUUCAACGCGUCUUGGGCUAUUGAUGGGAGACAAAUGCCGUACAGUUUAUUCGGAAUGAUCAGGAACACCCACAGGAAGAAUGGAGACUAUACCGUGAGCGCCUACAGUGACAAUGCCGCGGUAUUACAGGGUGAGAAUGCCGGAUUUUGGUCGCCCGAUUCUGCAACCCGCGAAUGGACACAGUUAAAAGAGCAGGUUCAUAUAUUGGCCAAGGUUGAAACUCACAAUCACCCUACUGCUGUAUCGCCAUUUGCUGGAGCUGCCACCGGAUCUGGUGGUGAAAUAAGAGACGAAGGAGCUGUUGGCCGAGGGUCCAGGCCAAAAGCCGGACUCGCGGGAUACUGUGUCUCCGACCUCCUCAUACCGGAGCUGCGACAGCCAUGGGAGCUUGAUAUUGGAAAACCCCACCAUAUCGCAAGCAGCUUAGAUAUCAUGCUCGAAGCCCCGAUCGGAAGCGCAGCUUUCAACAACGAAUUCGGACGCCCUUGCACAGCCGGUUAUUUCCGAACAUUGCUUACUGAGAUUGAUAUUGGCAAUGGCCAGAAAGAAAUUCGAGGAUAUCACAAGCCGAUUAUGAUCGCCGGUGGUGUGGGCACUGUAAGACCUCAGCAUGCGCUCAAGGACCCAGGUAUCGUCAAGCCAGGUUCUUUCCUUGUGGUUCUCGGAGGCCCUGCGAUGCUUAUUGGGCUUGGUGGUGGAGCAGCGUCCAGUCUUACUUCUGGAGAAGGAUCUGCCGAUCUCGACUUUGCCAGUGUCCAAAGAGGAAAUGCCGAAGUCCAACGCAGAGCUCAAGAAGUCAUCAACGCCUGUGUUUCAAUGGGAGCCGACAACCCAAUCAAGUUCAUUCACGAUGUUGGCGCCGGAGGCCUGUCAAACGCUCUUCCGGAAUUAAUUCAUGACUCAGGACUGGGCGCUACAUUUGAACUGAGGGAGGUGGAUAACACUGAUCGCAGCAUGAGUCCUAUGCAAAUAUGGUGCUGUGAAGCACAGGAAAGAUACGUUAUGGCUAUUGGGGAGGAGAGUAUGAACAAGUUCACUGCCAUUGCCAAACGUGAGCGCUGCGGUUUCUCUGUUGUUGGCAGAGGAGAGGGCAAUCAAGACGAGGAUAAACGUCUUGUCUUGAUGGACCGAGAUUCAAAGGAAUACCCGAAACCGAUCGAUCUGCCUCUAUCGGUUCUUUUUGGGAAGCCACCCAAGAUGACUCGGAAAGUGGACUCGCGAAAACUGAAAUUACCUGCCUUUGAUACUAGUUUGUCAACAUAUCUACCUAAAGAUCUAUCAAGCCAACAGCUAUUUGACGAGGCUGCGACUAGAGUUCUUUCUCUUCCUGCAGUCGGCUCAAAAUCUUUCCUGAUCACGAUUGGGGAUCGAACUGUGGGUGGGCUUACUGCUCAAGAUCAGAUGGUAGGACCUUGGCAAACUCCAGUUUCCAAUGUAUCCGUGACGGCAACAUCACUUCUUCAGGGUGUGAAAACUGGAGAAGCUAUGGCGAUGGGCGAAAAGCCUACCCUUGCCCUUAUUUCGCCGGCAGCGUCGGCACGCAUGGCUGUGGCAGAAUCGUUAAUGAAUCUUACAGCGGCAGAUUUGAUCAAUCGUCUGACCAGAGUCAAGCUUUCAGCCAACUGGAUGUCCGCUGGCAGUCACCCAGGUGAAGGAGCAGCCAUCUAUGAAGCUGUCGAGGCUAUUGGUCUUGACCUGUGUCCCAAACUAGGAAUCAGCAUUCCAGUUGGUAAGGACUCGAUGUCGAUGAAAAUGAAAUGGACGGACGAAAAGUCCAAGGAGUCACGAGAGGUUACCGCACCUUUGUCUUUGGUCAUUUCGUCUUUCGCGCCAGUUUCCGACUUUAAGAAAACAUGGACACCGACUCUCCGACGCUUUGAGGACGUUGGCGAAACUGUUCUUAUGUUUGUAGAUCUCGCUCGCGGCCGAAAAGCUCUUGGUGGCUCAGCUGUUGCACAAGUUUUCAAACAGGUUGGCGAUGAAUGUCCUGACAUCCGAGACGUGGAUCUCUUCAGGGACUUUUUUGAUGCUACACAGCAGCUUCAAGAAUCGGGUAUCGUUCUGGCCUAUCACGACCGUUCUGAUGGAGGUCUUUUCACGACUCUUGCAGAAAUGAUGUUUGCGGGACGCUGUGGCGUUGAACUCAUGUUAGAUGAUUUGCAAAAGAACUCUGACAUUGGAAGCUGCAUUGAGACAUUGUUCAAUGAAGAGCUUGGUGCAGUCUUCCAAGUCCGAAAGAAGGACGAAACCCAGUUCCGCUCAUGCUUUGCAACUUGUGGCCCUCCACCAGGGCUAAUCACUCGCAUUGGACGUGUUUCUGAGAUACAGAAGCAAAACCUUACCAUGUACCACAAACACAAAUUGAUUUAUCGUCAACCGCGAGCCAAGAUUCAACAAAUCUGGUCACACACAUCUUACCACAUGCAAAAGAUCCGUGAUAAUGCUGCCUGUGCUGAUCAAGAAUUCGCUAAUAUCCUUGAGGACACGAACCCCGGUUUGUCAUGGAGACCCAGCUUCGACCCUAAAGACAAAGGUCUCCCUAUUUUGACAAGUCUUACCCAAUUUUCACCGUUCAGCAACAAGCCUCGGGUGGCAAUCCUCCGCGAACAAGGAGUUAACAGUCAGGCUGAAAUGGCCUUUGCUUUCAACCUGGCUGGUUUCGCCGCUGUUGAUGUACACAUGACUGAUAUCAUCUCUGGUCGCGUGUCCCUCGCGUCCUUUGUUGGAAUGGCUGCCUGUGGUGGUUUCUCAUACGGAGAUGUCCUCGGCGCGGGCCAGGGCUGGUCCAAAUCGGUGUUGUUGCAUGAAGAAACCCGCAAAGAAUUCAAAAACUUCUUCGACCGCCCGGAUACCUUUGCUCUCGGUGUUUGCAACGGAUGCCAAUUUCUAUCACGUCUCAAAGAGCUCAUUCCAGGGGCACAGUACUGGCCCAGCUUCGAGCGAAACGCCAGUGAGCAAUACGAAGGCCGUGUCGCCAUGGUACAUAUUUCCGAUCCGGACCCUUCUACUCCAUCUGUUUUCCUGCAUGGCAUGAACGGCUCGUCGCUGCCCAUUGCCGUGGCACACGGAGAAGGCCGUGCAUCUUUCGCCUUGACACCCGAAGUCACCGCGCAGGACUUUGUCAAAAAUAACUUGGCGCCUAUUCGCUAUGUCGACAAUGAGACGCUCAAGCCAACAAUGACAUAUCCCUUCAACCCGAACGGUAGUCCCGAGGGUAUUGCAGGUGUUAGAUCAUCAGACGGCCGUGUUCUGGCGAUCAUGCCUCAUCCGGAGCGAACUAUCAUAGGCGGUAUUGCAAGCUGGCUACCUGCUGAGGCAGAGCAAUGGGGAGAGGUUGGUCCAUGGGGACGCGUUUUCUACAGUGCUCGCAGGUGGGUCGGCUAA